AUGACUAUUGAAGAGUACAAAGAAGCUUUAAGCGUCUCUCUCAGCGAUAAGUUUCUAGAUACCAAGCGACUGCCAAGCAACAUGAAUCGAGUUAUCCGCGAAUUUUUAGGAUUAACAUUCAUCGAUGAUGAAGAGCAUACUGUCCAUUAUGUUCAUCAGAGUGUGGAAGAUCAUCUGUUUCACACAGAGCAUAGGGAAGCCGCCAAUUUCGACGCUCAACGUAUCGAUGAGCACUUUGGCUAUCUGUGUAUGACGUACUUGAAUUUCGCAAACUUCAGUCGACAAAUCGCGAAAGUCGAGAAAGAAGUUUUCCAUCUCCUUGAUUUGGGCACACCUUCCAUCUAUCCUGACAGCUUGCGAGUCAAUAGAAUGGCACGAAAAUUGCUGUUGUCCCGGAAGGGGCGUUCGCCAGGUGUAAAAGUUCGCGAGAUUGAGAGAGCUGCUUUGCAGUCACUUAAACAUGUUACAACAGACGCGAUGCAGAAUGAUGCAUUUCUUGUUUAUGCAAAGGAUAACUGGUGGCUUCAUUUGAAAGAGUUAGAGAUAGAUGACCGGAAAAUGUGGCUUCUCUUCUGCAAGUGUCUUGAGGUCCCUGCCUUUAAACCGGCCUUGGGACAUAUCACUCCAACUCACCCCAGAAGGUGGCGAUGGGCAUUCACUUUCACUAAGUCGUGGAGCAUGGCUUUGUUCAGCGUGGCCUUGGAUCAGGGGCUUCCUGAAGCAAAGAAACUCCAAGUCUUUUGCGCAUUACUUGGCAAAAUGAAGCAAAUCGAUGCAAUGGAGACUCGCUUUGCCUUGGAGAUGGCUUUGCGACGCGCACUUAUCACCAAGAAAAUGCUCGAGUUUUUGUUAUCAGUCGAUAAAGCAUUCUAUCAGGAAGCCAGGGUCGUCAACGACCAAUUAGAUGAUGACAAGGCCAACGCCUACUUCAAUAUGAUCAGCUCCGCACAGAGAGAUCCUCUACUCCUCCUGUCACUCCUGGACAAGCAAGAGUUGGUGGCAACACAAAUCUUGGAUUCGGGUGCCGAUGCAAAUGUCCUUGCCCAGAAAUCUCAGGACACAGCUCUUCAUCUAGCUGCAGAUCUAGGGCAACUAUUCUUGGUACAAGAGCUUGUUAUUGCUGGUGCGGAUCUCAACCUGCAAGACAAGGUUGGCAAGACGUCUGUUCACAGGGCUUUAAAAUCAGACAAAGGAGGGCUAGAAGUUUUAUGGUACCUCAUCACUGCCGGGGCGGAUGUCAAUUUGAGAAUGACGUCUCCGCGCCUGGAUAUGAAAGACUACCUUGUGGCGCUCACCGAUGAAGGCAAGUACCUAUCAACCCUCGGUGGAGACCUCGCCGACCUUGCUCAGGCAAACGCUUGGUCUGCUGUCAGGAUGCUUGCCAAGAACGGGGUUGAUGUCAAUAUCCGAGGACGCGAUUUCAGAAAAAUCGCUCUCCAUUGGGCUGGUGAGCGAGGUGAAAAGGACAUGGUCGCAUUACUCGUUGACAAGAGAAGUGACCCAAAUACACUCGACACCUACGGUCAGACAGCAAUGCAUUAUUAUGCGGAAUCCGGGUUUGAGAAAGUGACUGCCUACCUGCUGAAGGUAACCGAUGCUUCUGUGGUUGAUACAAAGGGAAGAACAGCAUUGCGAUGCGCGAGGGAUAAUUCCCACUCUAGCAUAGUGAGGAUGCUGUUACCGUUCGCUGGUCUAAGCGAUCAUUGUCUCGACGACAACGACAAAUCUCUGGAAUAUUGA